AUAAUGUUAUGGACAUUGGCUUAGCGAACGAAAAGGCCGGUCAGGAAUUGUCCUCCUACUCGGGCACUUUUCAACCCGCCCCGGGCAACAAGACUGUCACCUACCUGGGGAAAUGCUUUGACUCGCCCUCCAACUGGUGCCAGGACAACAUCAUCAGCCUGAUGAGCGCCGGCAUCCUGGGGGUGCCGCCGUCCUCGGGCGCGCUCACCAGCACGCAGAGCUCGGCGGGCAGCAUGGGGCCGCCGCAGGGCGAGGUGGACCAGAUGUACCCCGCGCUGCCGCCCUACUCCUCUUGCAGUGACCUCUACCCAGAGCCCGUCUCCUUCCACGACCCUCAGAGCAACCCCGGCCUCACCUACUCCCCCCAGGAUUACCAGGCGGCCAAGCCUGCCUUGGACAGCAACCUCUUCCCCAUGAUCCCAGACUAUAACCUCUACCACCACCCCAACGACAUGGGCACCAUCACGGAGCACAAACCCUUCCAGAGCUUGGACCCCAUCCGCGUCAACCCGCCCCCCAUCACCCCGCUGGAGACCAUCAAGGCCUUCAAGGACAAGCAGAUCCACCCGGGUUUCGGGGGGCUGCCGCAGCCGCCCCUCACCCUCAAGCCCAUCCGACCCCGCAAGUACCCCAACCGGCCCAGCAAGACGCCGCUCCACGAGCGGCCCCACGCCUGCCCCGCCGAGGGCUGCGACCGCCGCUUCUCCCGCUCCGACGAGCUCACCCGCCACCUGCGCAUCCACACGGGCCACAAGCCCUUCCAGUGCCGCAUCUGCAUGCGGAGCUUCAGCCGCAGCGACCACCUCACCACCCACAUCCGCACCCACACCGGCGAGAAGCCCUUCGCCUGCGAGUUCUGCGGCCGCAAGUUCGCCCGCUCCGACGAGCGCAAACGGCACGCCAAGAUCCACCUCAAGCAGAAGGAGAAGAAGGCCGAGAAGGGCUCGGGCGGGCAGCCCCCCGCUGCGCCCCCCGCCGCCGCCGCCGCCGCCACCACCUCGCCCCCCGUCGCCCUCGCCCCCGCCGUCACCACGUGCGCUUGAGGGAUUGUGGGGGGCGGCGCGGUGGCACCCCCUUCUCCUCCCCUUGCCCUCUCGGCGCCGCUCCGGGGGGAACCCCCGCGGUGUUCAGGAUACCCCGGGGUUGUGCUGCGACGGGUCCGCGCCCGGAUUGAGCGGGGCCAGGUUGCCCGCACCCGGAUCCUGCCUGCACUUGGAUCGACGGGACCCGCACUGCCCGCACCCGGAUUGCCCGGACUUGCGCUGCCCGCACCGGGGGCUGCCCGCACCACCUGGAUCCUGGCUGCCUGCUCCCGCACCUCCCAGACCCCGGCUGCUUCCAUCUGCACCUCCCGGGGCCAGGCCGCCUGCACUGCCUGGAUCCCGGCCUCCUGCUCCCGCAGCUCCCGGAUCCCGGCUGCCCACACCCGCACCACCCGGGGCCGGGCUGCCCGCACCCUCUUCCUGGAUCCCUGCUCCCGCACCUGGAUUACCUGCACCGCCCGGAUCCCGGCUGGAUUGCCCAGUCCCGGCUCUCCUGGCUCCAGCUCUCCUGCACCCCACCUCCUGCACCCCUCUCCUCCCGGGGCCAUCCCACCCGCACUCUCCCGGCCCGGCUCCGGGCUGCCCGGGCUGCGGAUCCCGGGAAUCCCGCUAACCCACAUCCCAGGGCUCGAUCCCGAGCUGCCCGCUGCCCCCUGGGGCUGGGUGCUCCAGGAUCGCCCCCCCGUCCCCCUCCUCCCCGGUCUCGACCCCCCUGGCUCCCCCAGGGCUGGGGACUCCAGGAUCCGUGUGGGGAUGGCUGGAUGGACGCAUGGAUAGACGGAUGGAUGGACAGAAGGAUGGAUGGAAGGAGCCGAUCCCUCACCGGGCCUGGAGCCCCUGUUGUCCCCCCACAUCCCCGUUUCCCUCCCAUGCCCCCCAAGCACCGGCUCCCCGUGGUGGAGGUAAGAGGGCUCGGCCCCCCCAAGCCGGGCUGGCGGGCGGGGGGCGGCUCUGCGGGUCCCCCCAACUUCGGGGGUGUUGUCCCAGCAGCAGCUUUUGGGUUUGUUUUCUUAUUUUUUUUUUUCUUUUCCUUUUUAUGUUUGUUUUUUUUAUUUAAUUUUAUUUUUUUUUUUCAGCAGAAGGGAAAUUCUUUACAGAAAUGCAGAAAAAAAAAAAGCACCCCAGUAUUUUGCUGAAUACUUUUUAUAAUGUGAGAUAUUUUUAUUUUAUUUUAUUUGGUCACUUUAAAACAACCACCCAACUAUGGAGGAGAAAAAUCAAUUAGUCCUCUAUUUUAUUUUUUUUUUUCUUUCUCCUUCUGGUAUGUGCAUGUCAUUGCAUGACUGCUCUGAUUUUUUUCUUUUGUUUUAAUAAAACUGUGCUCAGACAUUUAAGCUAAACUAAGCAAAAAUAAUAAUGACUUAAAAAGAAAAAAAAAUCUUUGUUGCCAAAAGGUCGUGCUAUCCAGGUUUGAUGUCUGCAUGUGAAAAAAAAAAACUACAAAAAAAACACAUUAAAAACGUACAAAAAAUAAAGAGAAGAGGAAGAAUGCAGUCUAAUUUAUGUGAACUGAAAGGAACAAAAAAAAAAAAAAAGCAAACAAAAAACAAACAAACCACAAUCAGGUUUAACCACACAAACCUAAGGGAAUGAUAUUUUUUGAAAGACUUUUGUAUAAAGUUGAGUACUUAGAGAAAAAAAAAAUCAUACCAGAUGUAAUAUAUUUUGUGGAUGUUUUUAUUUCUUGGAUUUAUAGUACCUUAUACUAAGGUUAAAAAAAAAAAUUAUGCUUGAUAUUGUGAAAAGGUGACAAUUUUCACACACAUUUCAUUUGCUCAUUUGUCAUGUUGUAAUGCAAAUAUGAUAGUUAAUGCAUACAGCAUUUUUAAGGGAAAAAAUCAGAAAUAUUGAACUGAUGUAUUGUUGUACCAUUUGCACUGUGAGCAAAUGCUAAUGCAGUAAAUAUAUUGUGUUUGCUGACAAUCAAAA